CCAAGAAAAUUUCCCGAAUGCAAGGCAUUCCAAAAUGAUGUGGACAAAUUAACUGAAUCCCUCAAAAAAUUAGAAGAACAUACUCGAAGCUCAGAUUAUGAUAAAUACAUAAAGCCUUUAUUGUACUCAAUGGAAAUUCUUAAACCCGAAAAAAACCUUCCAAAAAAACAUCCAAAGCAAAAAAACCAGCUGCACCAAAAAAACCAGCUGCACCGAAAAAACCAGCUGCACCGAAAAAACAGGUCGCAGCGAAAUAAGCCGCAACAAAAAAGCCAUCUGCACCAGCACAUCCUGCGAAUGAUUAAA